AUGAAUCAUGGACGUAUUUACUUCAGGGCUGAGGCUGUCAGUCGAGGUGCUGACAAUAUCAGGUCUCCUCCAAUUUGCGUCGCGGGACGCCCCCUUACCCUCACCAAUUUUCCCCCAGAAAUCAUCAAGUGUAUCAUCGACAAAAUCCUGGAUGAAAAUAGCCUCCGCAAAGAGGAGAGCUGGGAAUGGGACUAUUGGUCUGAGCCUGAGCCCGAGCACAAUCCUCUUCAGGUAUACGUGGAUGUCCUCAACCUUGCAGCGACCUGUAAGGACAUCCGUAGGCCCGUGACGAAGCAAAUCUAUAUCAGAGAUGCGAGGGACAACCAUUCGGCAGCUUUGCUAGUAUCGGCGAAGCGCAAUGACAUUGCUGGCGUCAUUCGAGCCCUUCAUAUAGGAGCUAACAUCCACUCUGAUGAUGCGACCGAGACAGCCACCUACUAUACCACCGGACCAAACGCUAUCAAGACUGGCCAUAGGGUUCCCUUGCAACUUGACAACCAAGCAACUGCCAUUCACUGGGCCGCUUUCAAUGGACACAAGGAGAUUGUGUCCCUAAUCCUCAAUCAUGGGGCCAGCAUUAUCCACAGGGUCAGCAUCGGUGCUCGUGAGUGGUUUAUUCGCCAGAAGUUGCCGGCUGUUCAGCUAUACAAGAAUUGUACUGUCCUAGAUUAUUACCCAAUCAGUUUCACCAGAAGAGCUGUGGCGGAUAAUGCAUUUUUAGGCUUGAGGUGUUUGGGAUCUCUGCAAGCCGUCGACAACCAAUAUCGAUUCAUGAAGUUAGAGCAAGGUGCAAAUACUCUAUACUUUGCUGUAAAGGGCGGCAACAUUGACAUUGCGGAAUCUCUCAUCAAGGCUGGGGCUGAAUUGAUGACACAUACUGGGACAGGGCUCACUGCUCUGCAUCAGGCAGGGAUUGAUCCGAAUAGUGCGGAUCCCUUUGGGAAAACUCCACUCCACUUCAUAAAAUGCUCCGAAGAGGAGAUGGCACACGCAGCAGUCAAAAUGAUCAAGACUCUUGUGGAGCACGGAGCCGACAUCAACAGAUGGGACCUUCUUGGUAACACACCGCUCCUCACUCAUCUGCAAGACUUUGAGCGGAAUGAUUCUGUCAUCGCAGAGUUCAUCCGGCAAGGAGCUCACAUAUACGAGGGCUUUUAUGAUGAUCUCGAAGCGCCUCUCAACAAACUCAACCAAGAGAUCUAUAGCGCCAUGGCAUAUAUCGGAUUUGUUGGCCCAGGCUGCGAACCGGUUCCUCUGCCGCCUAAUCAUGACACCGGAAUGGAAUGGCCUGAGACCCGAGAGGCCAUUUUUUGA